AUGCGAAGAAUUACUCACCCAAUGAAUCUGGGAGAUCAUCAGAAUAAUUUAGUGAGUAACCGGGAGAUAAAUCUUAAUGCUUUUUAUCCUCUAGGUCCUUACACCUUUAGUAUCUGUGAUACCUCAAAUUUCUCUGAUUAUAUCCGUGGAGGCAUUGUCAGUCAGGUCAAAAUAGCUAAGAAGAUAAGCUUUAAAUCCUUGCUCAACUCACUGGCAGAGCCAGACUUUGUGAUAACAGAUUUUGCCAAGUAUUCUCGCUCUGCUCAACUGCACGUUGGUUUCCAGGCCUUGCACCAGUUCUGUGCUCAGCAUGGCAGAUCCCCUCGGCCCCACAGUGAGAAGGAUGCAGCAGAACUGGUGACCCUAGCAGAGGCUGUGAAGGCUCAAGCUCCGCCAGCAGUGCAGCAAGACAGUUUGGAUGAAGACCUCAUCAGGAAGCUGGCUUAUGUGGCUGCUGGGGAUCUAGCACCCAUGAAUGCCUUCAUUGGGGGCUUGGCUGCUCAGGAGGUUAUGAAGGCCUGCUCUGGAAAGUUUAUGCCUGUUAUGCAGUGGCUGUACUUCGAUGCCCUUGAGUGUCUCCCUGAGGACCAGGAGGCUCUUUCAGAGGACAAAUGCCUUCCAUGCCAGAACCGUUACGAUGGGCAGGUGGCUGUAUUUGGCUCCAGCCUGCAAGAGAAAUUGGGCAAGCAGAGAUACUUCUUGGUGGGUGCAGGGGCCAUUGGCUGUGAACUGCUCAAGAACUUUGCCAUGAUUGGGCUGGGUUGUGGGGAUGGUGGGUCAAUCACCGUAACAGACAUGGACAUCAUCGAGAAGUCAAAUCUGAACCGACAGUUUCUGUUCCGUCCUUGGGAUGUCACGAAGUCGAAGUCUGAUACAGCUGCUGCAGCUGUGAGCCAAAUAAAUCCACACAUCCGGGUCAUAAGCCAUCAGAACCGUGUGGGCCCUGAGACAGAGCAUGUGUAUGAUGACGACUUCUUUCAAAACCUGGAUGGUGUGGCCAAUGCCCUGGACAAUGUGGAUGCCCGCAUGUACAUGGACCGCCGUUGUGUUUACUACCGUAAGCCACUUCUGGAGUCAGGAACACUGGGAACCAAGGGUAAUGUACAAGUGGUUAUCCCCUUCCUGACAGAGUCAUACAGCUCCAGCCAGGACCCUCCUGAGAAGUCCAUCCCCAUCUGCACGCUGAAGAACUUCCCGAAUGCCAUCGAGCACACGUUGCAGGUGAUCAGCUGUGGGGGUAGAAAGAGGUGGAACAGGCAGGCAUCUAGACAAUGUCAAGCUCUUUUGAUUCCAGUCAUGCAAACCUCAGUGUAUAUAAGAUGUGCCCUCCCUCUUACAGGUUCAGGAGCCCCUUUCUGGUCUGGGCCUAAACGUUGCCCACACCCACUUAUCUUUGAUGUCAACAAUCCCCUGCAUCUGGACUACGUGAUAGCUGCUGCCAACCUGUUUGCCCAGACCUAUGGGAUGAUGGGCUCUCAGGACCGAAGUGCUGUCACCAAACUCAUUCAGUCUAUGCAGGUCCCUGAGUUCACCCUGAAGUCUGGCGUCAGGAGCCAAGUUUCUGACCAGGAGCUGCAAACCAGUUCCUCCGUUGAUGAUAACCGCCUACAGGAGCUCAAGGCCAUGCUGCCCACCCCAGAGAGCCUUUCUGGGUUCAAGAUGUACCCCAUCAACUUUGAGAAGGUGCUUGGGAGAGUGGUGCCCUCAGCAGGAUAGGAGGAUGG